CAGCUUGGGGAAAAGCAAACCCAGGUCGUGCAAAUCCCUCCCUGGCAUAACCCAGCUGCCUCUCUGCACUGAGAUGCACAGGGACUGCUCACUCUGACUGCAGAGCCCAUCACUCGGGACAAAAGAACAAACAAGCCACACAGGAUCACCUAAACCCAGCUUUUUAAUUGAAAAGGGGAGACAGAGCAGGUGGUAAUUCCCCUGGCUACCCCAGCAGGCUGGGACAGUGGUGCCCGGUGCUGUGCCCCAGGCAUUGGCUGCACUGGUGUGGUGCUCUGUGCAUGCAGCUGGGUUGCUGCAGGAUUUCUAAGGAAAUACAGGAGAGGGGUGCUGGAAAAGCCACAAUCACUGCUUCUGGACCUCCCAAUAUAAAAUUAUCUUGACUAGGACCAGCUGAAACUGUUUCCUACCGUUGUUAAGGUAAUUGCCUGCAGGAGGGGAGGAAGCCUGGAGCCAGGACAAAGCCAGGAGGGUGCAGUCCACUGAGGGAUGUGGGCAGCAAUUGCUGUGCCCUAGGCUAGAACCAGGGUGUACCUAUGAGACUGACAGAAAGCCACUAAAUCCCCCUGCUCCCGCACUAUGACAUCACUGAUCACAUAAGCACCACCCUGGGCUGGCAGAGCAGUGGCACUAGCCCCGUUCUCCCUCCUGCAUGGGCUGCAAGCCCCCAGCCCCACAUAGCGCUGCUCCUCCAGUGGGGCAUACCCAGGACUCUGUGAGACUCCAAGCGCUCCCAUCCCAGUGGGCUGCUGCACCAUGUUCCUCUUCUCCAAGAAACACAAGACCCCCGUCAGCACUUACACCGACUCCUACCGCCCGCCAUGCUCUGUCAAAAAGACCAUCCAAGAGCAGGCUCCACAGGAGCUCUGGAAAGAAAACAAGUUUGUUACGCAGGGAUUAACGAUGCCCCCCGUGCAAAAUCCGGUGAGCCAAGGUCGGCCCGAGCAGCUGAUUAAGGCAGCAAUGCAGGAGUACUACAGGAACACCAUCGACCCCGCUGCCUAUUGGCCUGAGAAGUACUGGCUGGCCAGGUUCGAAGAGAAGUACAACCCGGUUUUUGUCAACGAGGACAAAUACGUCACCUGGAGAACAGGUCCCUACAACAGCGCAGCCUGGAAUAAGCACUCCUCUUACCUUCCCCUCCCGUCCAAGGUGACAAGGAUGGAGAGCUUCCUGCACAGUAUACCGGUGCCGUACCCCCCAAAACCCAUCUGCCUCAAUCAGUUUGAGCGGGAGGUGAUCACCAACAUGCUGCACAGGCUGCCCGUGUACACUGUGACAGGGAGGGGACCCUUCCAGGGCUACUACAGCCCCUGCUCUGGGCGCCACUACUGCCUGCGAGGGAUGGACUACUACGUUGAUGGGGGUCCUGCCAUCAGAAGACAUCUCCACACACUAGGAGAGAGGGCUGAGUAUACUGUGCUGCAGUUACAGCCCCAGAGCGAUGUUGCAUACAUCUACACAUCACCCUCAGCCAUCCUCCCCAUGCAAGAGCCUUAGGUGCAGACACAUUCAGUGAGGGGAGCACUCCAAGCCAGUUGCCCUGGGGGAAAAGCCUAUUAUUUUUUCCUAAUGCCAGCCAGCCACUAGCUCUCUUUUCAUUAGGGUUUCAUACAAACUUGCUCAGAGGGUUAUUCAGGGGACAAUUGUGCAGACUGCAGACUCUAAGGGGUAGCGGAUCCCAUCACAGUGCCCACGCAGGCAGCAAUGCAGCUGCUCUACUUCCACCUUGCAGGCUAAGUGGAUGUGACCAGGGAGGGCAGGACACCCUUGCGGUGCUGGGCUGUGGAGCGUGUUGUUGCUACCUGUGGAGGAGCAGUUGCCAAAUUUACUCCCUGGUCAGGUGUUUCUAUGCUUGAUCUCAUCCAGCAGUCCUUGGUAUUGUACAGCACCUGGAAUCUUGCUGGCACUGGAGCCCGGCUGCAUGUAGCUUAGCAUCUCCAAGAUUUUGGGGCCACAUCAGUGUUUCUUGUGCUGCUCUUGUAUUUUCUCUCGUCAUUGUUUGCUCUUCUUAUCCAAGAACUUGUUCCCUGGUCACGCUGUUUGUUAUGUGGUAAUCAGCCCUGUCCUUCACCCACUGCAGGUCCGGCAGCACCUUUUAAUCUCCACAUGUUUACCUUUAGGGUGUCUCCAUUGCCGAGGCAGCUUUUUUCAGCCCUGGGGAAGCAGCAAGGGGAGAGGGGAGGCUGUUCAACCAGCUUAGUCAUCACUUUGCUACUGCAUCAAUCCCCCUGCGGGCCAAAAUUAGGCAUCAGGCUUUGCAGAAAACGUGUGAUUGGGUUUAAAUUCCUGAGCUCAGAAACUAAAACCAAACCACAGUGAGAACAAACAGGGAGCACUGGGUUCCCCCUAGAUGUCCUUAUGCUUGAGCUUCCGUGAGAUGUUUCUCAAGGUCUUCUCCACUGAGAAACAGGCAGAUUUUCCUAACUGGCAUGGCUCUGGGAAUGAAGAUUUUAGGAAAAUGACAGUGCAAGAGAGAGUGGGUAUUUGCAGGGUGGGAGACCUGCUGGAAACAGCUCAC